AGGAAUGGAACUCUCUGAUAGGGCAAAAACAAACAUGACUGAAGCUUCUGCUGAACAUUCUAAAGCGGUCCACGGAUCACUACUGGUGUCCCGUGAGGUCCGAAAGGUUGGCGACCACUGUUCUAAAGAGAUACAGGAGUAGAGAUGGCUGGGAUAAGGGACACUCAGGGGGGCUUUGGGUACAGGGACUAAAUAAACUGGACAGGUGCGCUACAUACAGGAACACAAAGCUGGAUCUAGAGAGGAGAGACCCUGGCAAUCUGAGGCUGACCUGCUCCGCACAAGCAGCAAAAAAAGACCAUCAAUGACCUUUGAGAGGGACAGGAUGAGAGCAAAGUGCCCCUCACUGGUGCUACUUGAAUAGUGCUGGUGCUGAGAGGUGAGGGAUGCUGAGGUGGAGGCCUGUCCAUGGAGUAUGACUGGGGUUUCCUGCAAGCAGUGCCUCAGUUUCUACCACCGUUUCAAGUUCUCGAGCUUUGCAGGUAAAGUCUGGACUAGCUGCCCUGGGAGAUUUCAUGUUGGGGACAAAGGGGGUGUGUGCGAGGAAGAGGGAUUUCAUGAGCAGUGUGUGCCUGAUCGGGAGGAAUUGGGCCAUGCCCCAGUACUUGAGCCAUCUCUGGCACAAAAGGAGUUAAUGGCAGGGACCACGCCCCCCCGUGUCCGGGCACGCGCAGCGCGCCCCCUUGGUGCGCGGGCACAGCAGCCAAGCAGCCAGAGAGCAGAUCUCGGGGAUUCGGGUGCGGAGCCCUUGGCCUGGAGGCGAUAUGGGUGGUCCGAGGCCCGGUUCAGUCGCUUGCAACAGCCAGGGGAACAGGCCUGUCUGGCCCUGAGGGCGUCUCCUUUCUGAAGCUGUGGUGCUUGGAUGACCUGCUCUCUACGUGGCCAGCACCUGUAGGUGUCCCUCAAGAGCUCAGUUUUGAGGUUCAAGUCAGUGUGGCCAUGAAGGGGCUGCCUAUUGGGCUGAUGCUGUGACCCUGGAAUCUGCCUUUCCUGCCAGUCCCCCUGCCCAGAACAUGUGGCUGCAGUUUGGCCUGCCCUGGCUGUCCCCGAGCCCCAAGCCCACAGUUGGCGGGAGCCUGUGCCUCACCCUGUGGUUCCUUGGCUUGGUGCUGAGGGCUAGUACACAGGCCCCAGCGCCCACAGUCAAUACUCACUUUGGAAAGCUAAGGGGUGCCCGGGUACCACUGCCCAGUGAGAUCCUGGGGCCUGUGGACCAAUACCUGGGGGUGCCCUACGCAGCUCCUCCGAUCGGCGAGAAACGGUUCCUGCCCCCUGAGCCACCUCCAUCUUGGUCGGGCAUCCGGAACGCCACACACUUCCCCCCAGUGUGCCCCCAGAACAUUCACACAGCUGUGCCCGAAGUCAUGCUGCCUGUCUGGUUCACUGCCAACUUGGAUAUCGUCGCCACUUACAUCCAGGAGCCCAAUGAAGAUUGCCUCUACCUGAAUGUCUAUGUGCCCACGGAGGAUGGAUCCGGCGCUAAGAAACAGGGCGAGGACUUAGCGGAUAAUGACGGGGAUGAAGAUGAAGACAUCCGGGACAGUGGUGCUAAGCCCGUCAUGGUCUACAUCCAUGGAGGCUCUUACAUGGAAGGGACAGGCAACAUGAUUGAUGGCAGCGUCCUCGCCAGUUAUGGCAACGUCAUCGUCAUCACCCUCAACUAUCGGGUUGGGGUGCUAGGUUUCCUGAGCACUGGAGAUCAGGCUGCCAAGGGCAACUAUGGGCUCCUUGACCAAAUUCAGGCGCUCCGCUGGGUGAGUGAGAACAUUGCCUUCUUCGGUGGCGAUCCCCGUCGUAUCACAGUCUUUGGCUCAGGCAUCGGAGCAUCCUGUGUCAGCCUCCUCACGUUGUCACAUCAUUCUGAGGGGCUUUUUCAGAGGGCCAUCAUCCAAAGUGGUUCUGCUCUAUCCAGCUGGGCUGUGAACUACCAACCAGUAAAGUAUACCAGCCUCCUGGCAGACAAGGUGGGCUGUAAUGUGCUAGACACAGUGGAUAUGGUGGACUGUCUUCGGCAAAAGAGUGCCAAGGAGCUAGUAGAACAGGACAUCCAGCCAGCCCGCUACCAUGUGGCCUUUGGCCCUGUGAUUGAUGGUGAUGUCAUUCCUGAUGACCCUGAGAUUCUCAUGGAACAGGGUGAGUUCCUCAAUUAUGACAUCAUGUUAGGUGUCAACCAGGGCGAGGGGCUCAAGUUUGUGGAAGGGGUGGUGGACCCUGAGGAUGGUGUCUCUGGCACUGACUUUGACUACUCCGUCUCCAACUUUGUGGACAAUCUAUAUGGAUAUCCUGAGGGUAAGGAUACCCUGCGGGAGACCAUCAAGUUUAUGUACACAGACUGGGCAGACCGUGACAACCCUGAGACCCGCCGUAAAACACUGGUGGCACUCUUCACUGACCACCAGUGGGUGGAGCCCUCAGUGGUGACAGCUGAUCUGCACGCCCGCUAUGGUUCACCUACCUACUUCUACGCCUUCUACCAUCACUGCCAGAGCCUCAUGAAGCCUGCUUGGUCAGAUGCAGCUCAUGGGGACGAAGUACCCUAUGUUUUCGGUGUCCCUAUGGUGGGCCCCACUGACCUCUUCCCCUGCAAUUUCUCCAAGAAUGACGUUAUGCUCAGUGCUGUUGUCAUGACCUACUGGACCAACUUUGCCAAGACCGGGGAUCCCAACAAGCCGGUCCCCCAGGACACCAAGUUUAUUCACACCAAGGCCAACCGCUUUGAGGAAGUGGCCUGGUCCAAAUACAAUCCCCGAGACCAGCUUUACCUUCACAUCGGGCUGAAGCCGAGGGUUCGAGAUCAUUACCGGGCCACUAAGGUGGCUUUUUGGAAACACCUGGUGCCCCACCUAUACAACCUGCAUGAUAUGUUCCACUAUACGUCCACAACCACCAAAGUGCCACCCUUGGAUACCACCCACAGCUCCCACAUCACCCGAAGGCCCAACGGUAAGACCUGGAGCACCAAACGGCCAGCCAUCUCCCCUGCCUAUAGCAAUGAGAAUGCCCAAGGGUCCUGGAAUGGGGAUCAGAAUGCAGGGCCACUCUUGGUGGAGAACCCUCGUGACUACUCCACUGAAUUAAGUGUCACCAUCGCUGUGGGGGCCUCCCUUCUGUUCCUUAAUGUUCUGGCCUUCGCUGCCCUCUACUACCGUAAGGACAAACGACGUCAGGAACCCCUGCGGCAGCCUAGCCCUCAGAGGGGAGCUGGGGCCCCCGAAUUGGGAGCUGCUCCUGAAGAGGAGCUGGCAGCAUUACAGCUGGGCCCCACCCACCAUGAGUGUGAGGCCGGUCCCCCACAUGACACACUGCGCCUCACUGCGCUGCCCGACUACACUCUGACCCUGCGGCGCUCCCCUGAUGACAUCCCACUCAUGACCCCCAACACCAUUACUAUGAUUCCCAACUCCCUGGUAGGGCUGCAGACAUUGCACCCCUAUAACACCUUUGCCGCAGGGUUCAACAGUACUGGGCUGCCCCACUCACACUCCACUACCCGGGUAUAGCUCCAGCCCAGAGCACAGCCUAUCUCCUGGCUCCCUUCCUCCCAGAUCCACGCACACACAUGCACACACAGACACACACACACACAGACACAUACAGAUAUAUAUGUAUACGCACGCACCCACGCCCAACAGCAGACCCACCUGCACAAACAUAGAUAGACGUGGACAUGCACCCGCAUGUACAAAAACACAAAUAAGGAAGUAAACCUAAACAAGCCCUCCAAAUGGGGACGCAAUUGAGUCCUUGGGAAACUGAGGACCCGUGGGACAGCAGCUGAAGCCAGCUCCUUGAGCCUGACCACAGACACUCCUGGGGGCCUGAAAGCACCAGCUGGACACCCCCUUGGUGCUCGCCCUCCGCCUCUCUUGGAACCGCAACACCAACCAACUCCAGACUUGGGAGCUGUAAAGAGCAGAGUAGCUCUUUCUCCCCUAGACUCGAUCUUUUUUUUUUCUGAUCUUGUUUUUGUUGAUUUAAAAAAAAAAAAAAAAAGGAACAAAUCCUUCUCCAACCUGUGAAUGCAAAGAAGCUCCAGAAGGGAGGGCCCCAGACCCAGGUCUUUCUGGCUCCAGUGAUCACAGGGUCCAACCAAGGAACAGGACCCCCAAGAAAGAAACAGAUUUGAGUAAGACCACAGGUUGGAAGGAAGAAGGGGCUAUCACUGGAUGGGGCUGGAGGGCCAUAGGGAGAACUCUCCAGCCAUCUCUGUGUCCCCGUGAAGGGCUGCAGACUGCAGAGUAGACUUGGAGAAUGAGGUUCUGUGGAGUUCAUGCCUCUGUCCUCGGGGUAAUGCCAUCAGAAAUUCACCCCAUUUUAUUUACUGUCUCUUGUGUCUGUCAUUUCUCUUUCAAAAAGGCAGUGUUUUUUGUUGUUGUUGGCUUUUUUUUUUUUUUUUAAGAAAAGUUCUUAAAACACUAACAGAAACCCAUGGAGUUUGUCCUUUGUAAAAUUUUAAACAGAGUGUCUUGUUAUAAAAAUAAAAAAUCCAGUUAGCACUCCCAAUUUGCCUCCCUUGCACAGGCCUUGCCCCAACAGACCUCCCAGCUGGGUGCCUCUGCAGGCUAGGAAUCACAGCAGCUCUCUGCCUCCUGUGCCUUUAAGUUGAUACAUGUCUGGGCUGUGCUCUGCUGGACCCGCAUGAAGGCCUCUCCAGUCUUCAUCAGGUUGCUGUUCCCACCCCCCAGGGCAAUGGGUUCCUGCUGCUGAAGCCUUCUUUUAGUGCCUCAGGGCCUCCUAAUGAAAUAGAAAAAAAUAACACUUCUUUCUCCUCUGCAUGCCAUCAUGCUGCUGCCGUCUCCACCAGUGCUGCCAACUACCACCAGGGCCACCACCCUGCCCUCAUCCUGGACUGGGGACUAGGAGGAGGUUUGACCUCUAACAUGUUGAAAUUCUUACACUUAUCUAAAUCCAGUGAGGCAUCAGGUCUGUAGACUCUCUUGCCUUGGGUGACUGACAGAGCAAGGGCCCUCCACUCUCCAGAGAUGCUUGGUCCUAUUCUGUUCAUUGGAAUUGGAGAAGUUUUUUGGGGCCCUGGGAGCAGUUUCUCUCCAGGAUUAUCAUCAGUGGCUCUCAAUCAACCUUGGGGGACAAAUUCAAUGAGGUUCUACAGGGUUAGCAUUAUAGUAUUUCAUAUUAUUCUCAAUGACUUGAAGGGCUGAACCAGCUCAUCAAGUGUGACAGUUGGGUGGGGUUGCUGAUACCUCAGAAACAAAGAAUAUAAUUCUUCUAAGUGACCCUGACAAAAAUGAGGGAGGUGAACAGAGGAGAUGAACACAAGGUAGUAUAAGGACCAAAAGAGAGAUGGGCGAUUAUUGACUUGACACAGAAAGAAAGAAAGAACUGGAAACAGAGUGUCAGGGUGGGUCACAGCUGAAUGAGUUCAUAGUGUAGAAUUUGUUUCUACUCUCUCCAUUUUUUCCUUCCUCUCUUCUUUCCCAAACUAACAUGCACACUAGCAUAUAAUAACACAAAUAUUGCAUGAAGUGGCUGGGAGGUAACCAGGCUCUGAGUUUUAGAAUUAGAAGUAUCCUCAGAGUCAUCUGGUCCAACAAAUUUAUUUUACAGUUGGGAAAAUGGGCCCAGAAAAGUCCAAUGUCACAGUCAGUGUUAGAAACAGACAUGGAGUGCAGUCCAGAAAUAUGUGACCUUUCCCAUGGUCCUCAACUUUUUUUUCCCUCUGCCUAGCAUUGGUUAUGCCUUUUAAAACAUUAAUGUGUCUGCCCUUGGUCAACACAUUUUCAGCAUAUGUGGAAAAGCUGGAGAGGGUCUGGAGAAGAGCAAAAACAAUGUGCCAAAAGACUAGCGUGUUGUUUUUUAAUUUAGAAAGGAGAAACAUGAUGAGGAAACAUUAAAUAAUUGUAGAGCACCUACUAUGUGACAAGUGUGUUAUAUCUUUAAAAAGUUAACUCCUAAAUAAGGACAAAGCUGCCAUUUCCUCUGACAAUGAUAGAGGGGGAAAGAUUGUUAGAUAUAAGGAAAAAUUUUUUAUAUGGAUAUGAGGUGAUCAUGGUACUCAGUAAGUUCUCCAAAACAGUUGCAAAUUGAAUGAAAGACUACUACUAAGGAAAACACUGGCAUUCAUCUUCCUGAAACCAGAGGGCUGAGUGACAUGACCUUUUUAGGUCAAUUCAGAGUCUUUGUGUUUAUAAUCCUUUGAUUGCUCCAUCUCAGAUAUUACCAAACUGGACCUCCUCUCUUCUGGGGUGUGUGUGUGUAUGUGUGUGUGUGUGUGUGCACACACACACACACACACACACACACAUGCGUGCGCGUGCGCACGCUCUCCAAAUUAAGAGGCUCUCUAUUUGUGUAGGAUUUAAACAUUGCCUCUCCUCUAAUAACUCAAGGUGCUAUUAGCAAACCCAGCUCCAAUUCUAUUUCAGUGAGAGAUUACAGUUGAUCUUCAUACCUUUGAAAGGUCUGGGUGGAAGAAGUGGCCUUCAAGACAGGCAGGGUUUCAAUUAAAUUGUAGUCAGUGCUAUGCUGGGGUAACUUGAGGGUUCUUAGACCCAUUACUGACAGCCAGCCUUGAUCUCAGCUAAAAAACCCAGCUCUUUGUUUGGAGAGGGGCUGAAGAUAUACUUGGAUUUUAUUUCCCAUUGCAAAAAUCAUUAGUGCCUAGAAUCAAUGGAUCCAGCCUGCAUUCCUAGAUUUAUCUGGUUUCUGUAUUAGUCCUUUUGGGAGCUGAAGAAAGCUAUCUUGAGGUCUAAAUUUGUGGUGGGUGUUAAAAGCCAGAUAUUGGUCACUGUAAAAAAUCUCCAUAGAAAGCAAGUAUGAUUGUUAAGACUAUACACCUGGCCCUGUACUAGUUCACAUACUGUGAGGGAUAGAAGAUGCCUGCUUUGAGGUGAAUACUAUCAGUAAGACAAAACUGAACUAUGAUAAAAUGAGUGAAAUGCAUAAUUUAGCAUGUGGCUUCAAAAAAGGUUAAAGGGGCUAGAAAAAUUGCAAGGCAAGCGGGGGCGGGGACUUUAGGGGGACAUAGAGGGCAUUCCAAAUUGGGAGAAAAGACUCAGCCAGAACAACCAUAUCAGAAGGUCUAGAUAUGCUGAAGUUGCAGUGAGGAACUGACCUGACUAAAGUAAAGGGUUCAAGUUAAAUAAUUGGACAUCAGAUUGGAAAGGCAGGUUGUGGAAGUCUUUGUAACAGCAAAAGAGUUUGGGUGCUAUUGGAUGAGUGAUGGGAUGCCCUGACUUUUCCUUUUGCUAAUGGUUUUAUAGAGAGAAAACAAAACCUCCUCGGUUCCUCUUUUGCUUUUCUCUUCUGUGAGGAGAAGGAUUUCUAGAGUAGAAAGGACAGAGAGUACCCCAGAGAGGCUCCUAAAGGCAGUUUAUUCCAAAAGAGCCUUUAGCUGCUCUGAGUAAUUUCAUCUCAUACUCUGGAUCAAUAACAGCCCAGAGCAUUGUGAGGACUUCCAGCUCAGGUUGCAGGACAACUGCUGGUAGCUGUUAUAAUCUCAUAGAAAGUGAAGAAGAUGCAUACUGCAAUUUAGAGAUAGGCAAACAUGGCUCCACAGUUUUACAAAUAGGAAGAGAUGAAUUCCAUAAAUUAUAGAUCAAUAAAUUUAAUAUUGAUUGAGGACAAGAGCCUAGGACAAAUGAGUAGAAGUAUGGUUGGUGAGCACUUGCAAAAGGAAGUGAAGAUUGCUCCGCCCCUGCAUGGAUUCAGGAAAAACAAAUCAUCCCCUACUCAGCUCAUUUCCUUUGAAAGGGUGACUGGAGAGGUAGAUGAGGAGAAUGCUAUACCUACAGUGUAUCUGGAGUUCAACAAAACAUUAUCUUAUGAUACUCUUGGGACAAUAUGCAGAAAUAUGAGGUGGAUAAACUUAAGUGUGGGCAGAUUCUUAACCAAUCGAAUGACUACGCACAAAAAGGUUGUGUUUUAAUGUCUCUAGAUCAAAUUUUAAUAUUACACACAGGUGGGAGAGAAAACCAAAAUGUCAGAAUCAGAAUUCAUAGAGAUGUCCAGAGGCUGAUAUAAUGGACUCACUAUAGCAAAAUGAAACAUAACAGGGAUAUAACCUUCCUAUGAUACAUUUUCCUGCUCUUAUUUCCAGGUUUCUGGGUAUCCAAUAAAAAGGUUUAGGGCUAAGGCAGUAAAAGAUGUCCCACAGAAAACUUAGGAGCAAGAGCCCAGAGGAAGACCCUUAGAACAUAUAUGGGAAACAUGUAAGCUUUCCUCAGGGACCUCCAGAAAUACCUGGGGAGGGCAGCCUGGCACAAGACUGCAAUUCCGGUGGAUCAACUAAAAGAGCUCAACAAUUGCAAUGUAAUCAUUACUGGAAGAUGGAGAACCCCAGGACCUCUGGGUUACAACGAACUCACCAGAACUGACUAUCAAUUCUGUAUUCAGAACUAGAAAGACAAUAGUGAGUAAGAUGGACGUGGACUUGAUCCUCACAGAUAAGACAGAUAUUCAAUAAAAAUGUACAUAUAUAAAGUUUAUUCCAAUAAAUAUUAGUCUGUGAAAAACAAGAAAGUUAAUAGGAACAAGUAUAAAGUCACUCAUUUGAAUUUCAAAAUGUAAUAGUAGCAGUGUAGGAUGUGAGAUAUGUGGCUUAGAGGGUUUUUAAGUAAAUGAAAGUUUUAUCAUGAGUCGUGAGUCAAAAGCAUAGUUUGGCCCUAGCUGGUUUGGCUCAGUGGAUAGAGUGUUGGCCUGUGGACUGAAGGGUCCCAGGUUUGAUUCUGGUCAGGGCACAUGCCCAAGUUGCAGGCUCAAUCCCCAGUAGUCAAGGAAGCCAAUCGAUUUUCUCUUAUCAUUGAUAUUUCUAUCUCUCUUCCUCUCUAAAAUCAAUUAAAAAAUACAUUUUUUUAAAAAGUGUAGUUUGGUUCCUACAGAAUGUCUUGUGACCUUGAACUGCAUUAAUAAGAGUAUAAUGUCCAGAAUAAAGGAGGUGACCAUCAUGUGGUAUUCUGCACUGGUCAGACCACACCUGAGGCCCUUUGUUCAGUUGCAGGCAUCACACUUCAAAGGAAAUGUCAACAAAAGUAUAUCCAGAGGAAGAGAAUAGUGAAGGGACUGGCAAAUCCCAGGAGAAAUUUGUCCUCUGUCAAAAAUUCAUUACUGGGUUCAUGGUGAAGAGGAAGCUAUAGAUUUAUUCUGUAUAUAUCUCCAAGAGCUCCAAGAUCUCAUGGGUGGGACUUGUAGGAAAACAGAUUUUGGUUUGACAUAAGGAAGUUGCUUUCUUUUUUAUAAU